GGCUGCCUGUACCCCAAAUUGUCAACACUUGGUUUUCCACCAGGGUCCAGAGGAAGAUGACAGAGACAGAUGGAGGCGGUGACGUGGGUCUCCCUCCUCAUCCUCCAUUGUGCCUUCCUGGGUGGUGAUGUCAUCAGAACCAUGCAUCCUUAUGAGGAGCAGUGCUGAGAGGUGACCCGUCAGGAGAAGUUAAGAGCAGUUUACAUUCUUCUUACUUAAGCAGACUGAGAGCCCAGGAAUGCACCACUUGCUGCUCCCUCGUCGUCUCCUUCACUUUUGAAUACAUUCAAGCCAAUUAAUCCACCUUAAAAAGUGGCCUCAGGGAUGGAGUCCACACCUGAAGAUGGAGCCGUUGUGUGCGUGACCAGCGAGGGACUCGCCGCCAUUGAGGAUGAGGAGGUUCUGAACAAAAUGCUGGACAAUGCUGACACUUUUGAAGAGCGAAGACUCAUCCGUGCUGCGUUGAGGGACCUGCUCAAGAAAAAGAGAGACAAGCGGGAGCAGGAGCGAGGGUCCCGGCAGCAGGACUUGAGGCAAGCCCUGGGCAAAAGAAGCGGAGGAGGAGGAGGAGGAGGAGGAGGAAGAGGAGGAGUUGCUGGCACCGGAAGAGCAGCAAUGAAGUCCACCACAAACUGCCCACCUGACGCCUCCACUACAGCAGGAGGCAAGGCAGGUCCUGCUCAAGCCAGCUCCAGAGGUCCCCCCUCCACAGUCCCCAAUGCUAAGAAUGUCAAACAGAUGCUUCUGGACUGGUGCCGGGCCAAAACCGAACCAUAUGAGGGGGUGAACAUCCGGAACUUCUCCUCCAGCUGGAAAGACGGCAUCGCGUUCUGCGCCUUGGUGCACCGCUUCUUCCCGGACGCCUUCGAGUACUCGGUCCUGAACCCGCACAAGCCCGGGGACAACUUCCAGCUGGCGUUCAGCACGGCAGAGAGGCUGGCGGGCUGCCCGCCUCUGCUGGACCCGGACGACUUGGUCCGGAUGGAGGAGCCCGACUGGAAGUGCGUGUACACGUACAUCCAGGAGUUCUACCGCUGCCUGGUGGAAAAAGGCCUGGUGAAAACCAAAAAGCGUGCGUAGGACGUGAAGAAGCCAGGUGCGAGGUGAAGAUCACACCAACGUAUUUACUGGCGUUAUGCAGCAUUAGAAGGUAAAUGAUCUCAGGUGACGUGUGUGGUGCUCUAAUGAAGGCGGAGUCGUGCUCUCAUCAGCACCAUUUUCAACCCAGAGACGCCAAGGGAAUAGCCAGAUGAGCUGCAUGUGUCUCCUUUGACCACUAGAUGGCACUAGAUGUGAUUCAACUAUAUAUGUUUAUUAUUGUGCUAUUUCUAAUAUGUUGCUUUCCAACAUAUUAGACACUUGUAAUGACUAAUUGCUAUUCUAGAGACCAGGGGUCACCAACGCGGUGCCCGCGGGCACCAGGUAGCCCGUAAGGACCACAUGAGUAGCCCGCUGACCUGUUCUAAAAAUAGCUCAAAUAGCAGCACUUACCAGUGAGCUGCCUCUAUUUUUUAAAUUGUAUUUAUUUACUAGCAAGCUGGUCUCGCUUUGCCCAACAUUUUUAAUUCUAAGAGAGACAAAACUCAAAUAGAAUUUGAAAAUCCAAGAAAAUAUUUUAAAGACUUGGUCUUCACUUGCUUAAAUAAAUUCAUUUAUUUUUUUACUUUGCUUUUUUUAACUUUCAGAAAGACAAUUUUAGAGAAAAAAUACAACCUUAAAAAUGAUUUUAGGAUUUUUAAACACAUAUACCUUUUUACCUUUUAAAUUCCUUCCUCUUCUUUCCUGACAAUUUAAAUCAAUGUUCAAGUAAUUUUAUCUUUUUUUAUUGUAAAGAAUAAUGAAUACAUUUUAAUUUAAUUUUUCAUUUUAGCUUCUGUUUUUUUGACGAAGAAUAUUUGUGAAAUAUUUAUUCAAACUUAUGAUUAAAAUAAAAUUAAAAUAUUCUGGCAAAUCUAGAAAAUCUGUGGAAUCAAAUUUAAAUCUUAUUUCAAAGUCUUUUGAAUUUCUUUUAAAAUUUUUGUCCUGGAAAAUCUAGAAGAAAUAAUGAUUUGUCUUUGUUAGAAAUAUAGCUUGGUCCAAUUUGUUAUAUAUUCUAACAAAGUGCAGAUUGGAUUUUAACCUAUUUAAAACAUGUCAUCAAAAUUCUAAAAUUAAUCUUAAUCAGGAAAAAUUACUAAUGAUGUUCCAUAAAUUCUUUUUAAAAAUGUUUCCAAAAGAUUCGAAUUAGCUAGUUUUUCUCUUCUUUUUUUCGGUUGAAUUUUGAAUUUUAAAGAGUCGAAAUUGAAGAUAAACUAUGUUUCAAAAUUUAAUUGUCAUUUUUUUCCUGUUUUCUCCUCUUUUAAACCGUUCAAUUAAGUGUAAAUAUCAUUAAUUAUUAAUAAUAACAUAGAGUUAAAGGUAAAUUGAGCAAAUUGGCUAUUUCUGGCAAUUUAUUUAAGUGUGUAUCAAACUGGUAGCCCUUCGCAUUAAUCACUACCCAAGAAGUAGCUCUUGGUUUCAAAAAGGUUGGUGACCCCUGCUAUAGACAGCGAGUGAAAACAUUUAAUACAAUAUUUUCCUAAAUAUAACAGGUAAAAGAAGAACUGAUUCACUGUGUGCAUUUAUCAACCAUUAAUACGUCUUAAAUAUGUUGGUAUAGUACGGGGUGGGCAACCUGCAUGUGGCUCCUUGGAGCUUUCUCAAAAAUGGGGAAAAUAUACUUCUUGUUUUAUUCAAUCAAUCAAUCAAUGUUUACUUAUAUAGCCCUUAAUCAGGAGUGUCUCAAAGGGCUGCACAAGCCACAACGACAUCCUCGGCUCAGAUCCCACAUCAGGGCAAGGAAAAACUCCACCCAAUGGGACAAUGAGAAACCUUGGAGGGUUUCCUAAAUCUGGCAACGGGUGUGCAUAUGUGAGCCUUUAAUACAUUGAAAUUAGGGAUGUCCGAUAAUAUCGGCAGGCCGAUAUUAUCGGCCGAUAAAUGCGUAAAAAUGUAAUAUCGGAAAUUAUCGGUAUCGGUUUUUUAUUAUCUGUAUCGGUUUUUUUAUUUUUUUAUUUUUUUAUUUUAUUAAAUCAACAUAAAAAACACAAGAUACACUUACAAUUAGUGCACCAACCCAAAAAACCUAACUCCCCCCAUUUUUUUCUGUUAUCAAUAUUCUGGUUCCUACAUUAUAUAUCAAUAUAUAUCAAUACAGUCUGCAAGGGAUACAGUCUGUAAGCACACAUGAUUGUGCGUGCUGCUGGUCCACUAAUAGUACUAACCUUUAACAGUUUAUUUUACUCAUUUUCAUUAAUUACUAGUUUCUAUGUAACUGUUUUUAUAUUGUUUUACUUUUUUUUUUAUUCAAGAAAAUGUUUUUAAUUUAGUUAUCUUAUUUUAUUAUUAUUUUUUAAAAAGUACCUUAUCUUCACCAUACAUGGUUGUCCAAAUUAGGCAUAAUAAUGUGUUAAUUCCACGACUGCAUAUAUCGGUUGAUAUCGGUAUCGGUUGAUAUCGGUAUCGGUAAUUAAAGAGUUGGACAAUAUCGGAAUAUCGGAUAUCUGCAAAAAGCCAUUAUCGGACAUCCCUAAUUGAAAUGUAUUUGAAAACAAGACAAAGGCAUCAAACUAUAAUGAAUGUUUUAUAUUCUGUGUACUUUAAUGGGGAAACCUUUGAUAAAACAUUGUUAUAAAUAUGAUACGAUAAAAAAAGUGUGUGCAUAUAUCAGUUAUUCUCGAACAGUGAGGCGUGUGACUCGCUUUAUCAGUAUCAUGCACAACAUGCUCAUUGUCGCCAGUAAUCUUGACUUCCUCAUUUUAAGAUAUUAAACAAAUAAACCGCACAAACUGUUGCAUUAAUUUUGUUACGUAGUUUAAAGAUUAUUAUAUUCUGCUCCCGAGUUAAUUUUGCUGAUCAAUUUGAUACAUUUAUUAUUAAUUAUUGCAUUAAUUUUUCCAGUAUCAAAUAGUUUUAAGUUGAUCAAAAGUUCAAACGAGGAUAUUUUUUCCCACAGGCAAAAUGAUGUACC